GUUUUAUUGCACAAAACAAAUACUGCAAUUAUUAAAUUUUCUGUUUAUCGAACAAAUUCUUGAAAGCUUUGAUUUACAAAAGGUUUAAAAUGGAUUUAAUAACUUUAUUAACUAUUGCUAUUACGCUUUUAGUUAUAAUGAUUACAAUAUUCUUUAUGCAAAGAAGAGGUGCUAAUAAAAAUGAAGAAAAACCAGCACGUCAACAACGAGCAGUUCCAGUCAAUGCUCCAGAAGGUGGCUUAAGACGUGCACAAAUUGCACGCAACCAACGUAACAGAUUGCGUCAAAAUACUCACCCAGUUGCAGCCGCAGCACAAGCAUUGGAUGAUGCUGUUGAAGAUCAGGAAGACGGUAUACCACAAGGUGCAGUUUUAGAUGAAAAGAUGGGUACGAAAAAACGUGCUAAAAUGGAAGCAAAAGAACAGAAACGUUUACAACGUGAACAUGAGCUAAAACAACGUGAAGAACGUAAGGCAAAAGAGGAAAAGUUGGAAGUUGAACGCAAACGUACAGAAGAAGAAGAGGCUGAGAAGGAACGUAAACAAGUUGAAGCAGAACGUUUAGAACGAGAGGAGCGUGAACGUAAGGAAUACGAGGAAUAUUUAAAAAUGAAAGAAGCAUUCAAAGUUGAAGAAGAAGGUUUUGAAGAACCUGACGACGGCGAAAAAGAGAAUUUACUCGCAACGUUUGUGCAGUAUAUUAAGGAUAACAAAGUAGUAAUGCUUGAUGAUCUGGCCAUAGAAUUUAAAUUAAAAACUCAACAAGCUAUUGACCGUAUACAGGAAUUACAGGCAAAUGGUACGAUUACGGGCGUUAUUGAUGAUCGCGGAAAAUUCAUUUAUGUUUCCGAAGAAGAGCUAUUGUCAGUGGCAAAAUUUAUUAAACAACGUGGUCGAGUUUCAAUUCAGGAAUUGGCUGAAAGCAGUAAUAAAUUAAUUAACUUGACACCUGUAGCUAGUGCGUAAAAAUUAUUAGACAAUUUUAAUGU